GAACGAGUCCUCCGUUCAAACUCGGGUCGCUCAGUGCCGGGUCGUAUUGACCCAAAACGACGAUUUCCCGCUCCGCACGUAGCUGUUAUUACAGUAAGGCAUGCGUAUUAGACACGAUCAUCGCCAUCACGUUGAAGGCCGGCCAUCGCGUGGAGCGAAUUUCGGGCGUCAAGACGGCGAACUUCGUAUCGUAGGCGAAAACCGGACGCCCGGCGUCGAAAAGGUUGACGACGCCCGCCGAUGUGUUUCGGCCAUGGAGGAAUUAAAGAAAACAGUGGAGGCCUUGACGUCACGUUAUUGAAGCCGGAAGUGCCGCCAUGUUGGUUUGCCGUCGCCCUUUGCGUCUCCAAUCAGCACGCCGGAAGUGUGCGCCGCUAGCGCGCGUCAGAACAAAACCUACGAAACGUCUGCAACAGUUAAACAGACGCGCACCUGCGUUUUCCCGCGGCACGUCGAGGAAGACGACGAACAACCGAGCAGUGAUUAAUUGAAUGCCUCUGUCGCUGGCUCACAAACAGACCAAAACUUUCAAGCUUACACACACCACACUUCAAACUACGCUUGCCUCGCGAACGAUAUGUGCUUCGAGCCAAAGACCCGGACCGAGAAAUCUUAUCUCACUUUUCGGAGGCGGAGAGCAGCAGCGUGAGCUUCACGAGCGCGGUUGCUAUGGCAACGAGAAUGUUUGGAACACCAGUCCCGGCGCUCCUUUGCGAAGAGCAGCACGCGACUUCCGCUACACACUCUCCAACACAUCCGGGCUGGCCAGGGCCUCUCCCACGUUUUCCUUCCUCAGUCGUGUCUCGACCACGCGGUCUCGCCAGAUAUUUUCGUCGGGCGAACUUCGCAAGCGGCGAGCGCGCGGCGUUGUAUGCGAGCCAAUCAGAAGCCACCACUUCCGGCGGACUUGUCUGACGGGAAUGGCUCGCUUCCCCCCCCCCCCCCCCCCCGGCUCUCUUAAGCCACACUCCCGUCAAUCCUGCUACUAGCGUACUGUGUUGUUUUUCUCGUAGCGUCGCACGCAGCUAGCCGCGUUCCAUCGUUUGUGCCAUCUGCGCGAGAGACUUUAUUAGGAAUGAACGCCGCCGAACAGCUGCAAAGCAAGCAUGUACAACGGCCAAAGAAGCAGUCGGCGAAAGCAGCACGCCUUGAAUACAACGACCGGUUAAUUACAGCCGUGCACAAGCGACCAGUGUUGUGGGACUGUUGUCGGUCGGAUUACAAAGAUCCGCGGAAGAAGAUGACGGCAUGGAAAGAGGUGCUCGCGGACUGUGGACGUGACCCGGCCGGUUGCAGUGUCCAAACGCGCUGGAAAAGCUUGCGGGACACUUUCAUUAAAAAACACCGGGCAUGGAAGACUGGCGCAACCCGCGGAUCCGGUGGAGACGUCGAAAAAAGCACCCGCUGGCCAUAUUUUAAGCUGUUAAUAUUUCUGAAAGAUCAAGUGGACAUUAGCAAUACUGCCAGCAACGCCACCGAGGGGACGGCUACAGACGGAGAAAGUGCGGAGGGAUUCCCGAUGAGUAUGUACGGCAACGAAGGUGAUUUCAACGACGAGGAAUUACCCUUACACGACGCAGACGCAAUGAGCAGCCCUUCCAGCGCCAGUACAUCAAGCGCAGAGCCUGUACUCAAGCAAGAACUUACCGAGCCCACACUCAUCGAAAAACGGGGGCCGCGAAACGCUCAGAAAAGGUCAUCAGAAAAGAAGAGCAAGAUAGACCGCGCUAUAGAUGCAGUGGAUCAGUUGCUAAAGAAAGAUGAAGAUGAGGCAGCCCUUUUCGGCCAGAUAGUGGCCCACAAAUUAAGGUCGUGUCCGAAAGACAAGAGGACGUCACUCGAAAUUCAGGUGCUUGAAGUUUUCAAAAGAUCCGAAUGCAAUGAUGAAUAAAGUAUGUUUACGUAAAAAAAAAAAAAUUCUCGCAUACGUUUAAAACAUGUUCCUUCAUUAGCCACAAUUUGGUGUCCUUAUUAUAAUGGACCUUUCCUGAAAUACGA